AUGGCAAAAAUUGAAGAAGUAUGUGUUGUUCAGGCUUCGAAGUCUGCAGAUCAUGUCAAGAAUUCACCAACUAGGAUAGAGUUGUCUCCAUGGGAUCUACGGCUUCUAUUAGUAGAUUACAACCAAAAAGGUCUUCUUUUCCACAAACCAGAAACUCAACAAGUAGGAGGAGAAGGUUUGCUCCAUCACCUUAAAACAUCAUUUUCUCGCACACUAGAUUUCUUUCCCCUUCUUGCUGGUCGCCUUGGAAUUGAUAAAUUUGAGGACGAAACGGAGUGCUUUUUCAUUGAUUCCAAUAAUGUUGGAGCUCAAUUUACUCAUGCUAUUGUCCAUGGCCUUACUGUAAAUGAUAUUCUCGAGCCAAAAUACGUGCCUGAAAUUGUUUACUCCUUUUUCCCACUCAAUGGGAUUCUUAACUGUGAAGGAAUAUCCAACCCUUUGCUUUGGGUUCAGAUAACUGAGCUCAAAGAUGGGUAUUUCAUUGGUUGUAGCAUGAAUCAUUGUAUAGCUGAUGGGACAUCAUUUUGGCAUUUCUUCAAUUCUUGGUGUGAAAUCUCACGGGGAUCUGAUCAUCCAUCAAAACUUCUGAGUCUCGUACGUGGAGAGUUUUUUGAUGAAUUCAGUCGGCCCCUGUUGAAAGAGAGAGUAUUUAGUUUUAGUAAAGAGAACAUUGCUAAACUCAAAUCCAACGCCAAUGAUGAAGUUGGAAAAACAUCUAGUAUUUCUUCUCUACAAGCACUUUUGGUUCAUGUAUGGCGAUCUGUGAUACACUGUCGUCGAAUUGAUGAUGCAAACCAAAAGAUUACUUUCAUGGUACAUGUGAGUGCAAGAAAUCGGCUAUGUCCGCCUUUGCCGGAAGGUUAUUUUGGGAAUGCUAUUCAUGGAGGCGUCUUAGCGCGCACGCCAGAAGAGUUGGUAAGCCAUGGACUAGGUUGGACUGCCCAGAUACUGAACCAAAUUAUAGCUAAACAAACUCAUGAAGAAACAAGGAAUUUCUAUGAAGAAUGGAUAAAAAGCCCUCUGAUUGUGAAGAAGGACAAAUGGAGUAACAUUUUUAUCGUAGGCAGCUCACCCCGGUUCGACGUGUAUGGAAAUGAUUUCAGACGGGGAAAACCGGUGGCCGCGAGAAGUGGAUUGGGAAACAAAUUUGAUGGAAAGUUGACCGUAUUCCCGGGGCUCGAGGAAGGGAGUAUAGACAUUGAGUUUUGCCUCUCGCCCAACACUUUGCUACGGAGAAUGACGUGGAAUUCAUGCAAUUUGUUACCAUGA